AUGCCCCAAGAUGACACGCGAAAGGAACACGCCCACCGCGUCCAGAUCCUACAUGGUACACAGCGCGACAAAUCACAAGAGAACACAUUCGUGCGACGUGGAAUGGAAAUCUUAAGGGACAAAGAACUCAUCGAACUCAUCAAUCUCAUCAUCCAUCAUGGCUGUGCUCCAGAUGCGCCAGUCAGUCUCGUCUAUUCCAGGACCCAACUGAUCUGCUAUCCAGGCCUGCCUGCCCUGUCGAUGAUGCAACCGGCGCCUCCACUCUGGUUGCCUCAGCUGCUGUUGUGCGUAGGUAAUGAUGACCUCCUUCUUCAUGCUGCGCUGCUGCGGUCAUCUCUUCGUGUUACUACGCCACCACCCACCACCCAUCAAUAUUCGCGUCAACCCAAGCAACUCUUCUUCAUCAUCUCGCCUAAGCCGGCCAUCUGCCCAGUGCCGUCGCAAGAAUCCAGCCUUCAAGCGCAUACCAAGCCCACCCUCCCCUUCGGCCAGCACGAGCACGAAAUUGUCCAACGACUAGCCGCCUAAACCUAAUCCUUUGGGAAGGACUCAUGAAGCGAUGGACAUCCACGGUCCGUCUAAUUUAAUACGAUCAUACUAAUCCAAGACCAGUUAAGCGUCAGGUACAGCUCGACCUCACUCGAUGCGGAUUGGCUGCGCAGCGUUUGCAACAUCAGAGUUUUAAAAUGAGAGCUCUUGCUGGUCGUGUUGCGUUACGAGUUUCGAUUGUUCAUCGGCUGUAUGCUAUUGAGGUAUGUAUGUGCUGCUUUGCCGGGGUGAGUGGUGAAACGUGUGAUUGCCGAGACACCGGCUUUCUUGCUAGUCUACGACGUGUGCCGUUUGGAAAGAGGUG